AUGGACAACACGUUCUUCGAAGCUGAUCAAUUUGACCCAUGCCCUUUUGAUCUUGCUCAGUUUGACCCGUACUUAUUUGACUCGAUUCAAUUUGACCCCAAAGACUUUGAAAAUGUCACUUUUGACCUGGAAACAUCGCUUGAAGGCCUAUUUGAGCCCUCGGACGUGCAGAAUGCUAUUCACAAUCAAGUGACUCAAGAGCCUGAGUCUACAGCUUCAACUUGGAUACAUCUUGAUGUUGCACCUCCAAUCAGCAACAGUGUACAAUUAAUUGCAGAUUUUGGCCUACCUCAGGCAGCGACGCGGAAGCGCCAACGUGCUGUAUUUGAAGGUGAUACGAAGUCUAAGCGAAGGCGGAGAAGGUACAACGACGAACAUCGCCAAAAGACGUGUGAGCUGCUCAGGAGACUUACCAUGCCAAUCGUGCUUCAAGUCAAAGGCUGCACGUCGAUGGAAGGCACCUCUGUACAAGGGCAUGGAAUGCGUACCCUUUUCGUUCAAGGAUGUCAACAUCUAUGCAAAAAGUUGGCCUACAUGCUCUUCAAGGCAGACACACCACUGAUACUGCCAGGUCUUGUCUCGAAUCCAAUGUUCGACCUCUUGUCUUCACAAGCCCGGCAACGUGCUCUUCCCCCUACCACAACUCAACACUUCACAGAAGACUCGAUCGCAUGGGAUAUAGAUGUCUUUGUCUCGGGGCUUGGCGCUUGCUUCAGUCCAGAUCACCCAUUUUCGACACCCUUUUACUUAUCCGCGCUAAAGGCAAACAUUGGCUUUAUUGAGAUGACCAGAGACCUAUUGGACCCCAAACUUUGUCAGCUUUUUCAGCAAUUCAUGCUGGCUUCCUCCUUGGUGUACAGCAUUGGCCCACAAAUGACUCCAUCUUCCAUGUGGAUGAGCUACCGCCAGGCCGAAAAUGUUGCUCCUGGUUCUACUUUGAUGGGCCAGAGUUUUCGCGAUCUAGGUGUUUGCAUAGGCAGGGAUCUACUGCAGGAGCUUGACAAGACUCUUCGCUCAGACCAGCGGGCUACUUAUACACAACAGAAGCUCAAGGCUUUAUUUCUUGUCCUGUUAGGCACAGUAUUAGCAAUUGAGGAUAUGUCGGCAGACUACUUGGCAGAAUGUAAUCUUAUCCUUGUCGACACUCAAGAAAUGACCACCACGAAGGCUGAUUUGCUUCGCAUACUCUACCAUCAUCUAUAUCUUGUCGGUCACCGGGCAGGACUCGUCCCUAAAAUCACAUUUGGAGACUUAAGAAACAGAGUCGCAAUCCUUCAGGAUGGAUUCCUGAAGGCGCUCAAAUGGACCGCGGUCUCGGAAUUUGUAGAAGGGCAGAAUUACUCCACCCCUUUCUCGAUAGCAUCUGGAAGUGGCCAGAUAUUCGAUUGCGAGUACAGUUGGCGCAUCACUGGUAGGAACCCCACCGGAUCUGCAUGA